CCGAAGGUGCUUCUGGCAGGAGGGUUCUGGGUGUGUCGUCCAAGGUGUGUCUGCUGAGCUGACUCACCGUCGGGCUGCGUUACAACACCAGUCUCGCAUUCACGUCCGCGUCAGGAGCGCAGGAGCACCAUUAACUGCCGAGCGGGCAAAACACUCCGAAUAAAACACCAUCUGUCAGUCAGGCCAGCCACCUACAGCCGAGUGGACUACUCCCACCGCGGACCAGGAAAAGGUCCUACUACUGUAACUCCACAAAGAAAAAAAAAAUGGCGAAUAAAGUAAUUUUAACCCUCUGCGUAGUGCUGACCUCGCUGCUGUGCCCGGCUGCGGGCGGGUGGACAUAUUCUGCGUCGGACCAGAGCUAUAUCGGACCGCCAAAUGGCUUGAGAAGGGGCGGAGGGGGCCACGGGAUAAUCCGGGGCCAACGACCUAUCGGCCCCGGUUUCCUGAAGCGCUCCAAAAGACGCUGGAGUCCUCCGCCCUUCAACAUACUGGAGAAUUACUCAGGGUCUUUGCCUAAAGGCAUCGAAAGGAUUGUGUCCGAUACACAACAGAACUACAGUGUGUACUACACCAUCAGUGGACCCGGAGUUGAUCAGCAUCCGAUUGGAUUGUUCAGUCUGAACUCCAAGACUGGGCUGCUAACUGUGCACAAGGCCAUCGAUCGUGAGGAGUUCCCGUCAUUUAAAUUAAAAGUCAGUGUUUUUGAAGAAUUCACAAACCGGGAGACAGACGACCCUGUGAUCAUCACUAUAGACAUCGACGAUCAGAAUGACAACGCUCCGACAUUCAAAGACCCCCUUAUGUUCACCGUGCCCGAGCGCAGCGCCAUAGGUGAGGUGGUGGGGCUGGUGAACGCCACAGACCGGGACCUGGCCGGAAGCCUCCACACAAAGAUCCACUUCAGCCUCCUGAGCGGUCAGGACCUGUUCGGUAUCCACCCCGAGACGGGAGUCAUCACCACCAAAACCAACACUUUGGACAGAGAGACCAAAGACACGCAUGUUGUGACCGUGCAAAUCAAAGACAUGGCCGGUGCAGAUUCGGGUCUGUCCAGCCAGGGCCAAGCGACCAUUCGCCUGAGCGACAUCAACGACAACCCUCCCACCUUCAACAAAACAUCUUAUGACGCCAGCAUCCAGGAAAACGAUAAAGACAAACUGAUCCUUCGAAUUCCCGUUAAAGACAAAGAUUUGAUAAACACACCAAACUGGGUUUCCAAAUUUGUGAUCAGUAAAGGAAACGAGAAUGGAAAUUUCAAGAUUGAAACAGACCCCAAAACCAACGAUGGGCUUCUGUACGUCACAAAGCCUUUAGAUUAUGAGAAGAACAAAAAUGUGAACCUGGAGAUCAGGGCGGAGAACCAAGCCAAGCUGAGCGGCACCACGGCUCAGUGGAUGAGCGUCCCCAUCAACGUGGCCGUCACCGACGUCGACGAGGGCCCGGAGUUCACCGCUCCCACCGUCCGCUACACCGUCAAGGAAAACAUCGCCAACGGCACGCUGAUAGGAACGUACUCCGCUGUGGAUCCGGAGACAAAGAGCAGCGACGGCAUCCUGUAUUAUAAGGAUUCAGACCCAGCUGGCUGGAUCAAUAUGGACAGGACCAGUGGAGCGCUGAGGGUUGCUAACACAAUCGACAGGGAGUCCCACUUUGUCAAGAAUGGGAUGUACAACAUGACUGUGAAGGCUGUUGAUUCCAGCUCCAAGACGGGAUCGGGAACCGUCAUCAUCGUGGUGGAGGACAUGAACGACAACAUGCCGACGUUCCCGCCCGGCGAGCUGAUUCUUUGUGAGAAGGAAGGAGAGAUGGGCUCCGUUCUGCUGGUGGCCGAGGACAAGGACCUGUCUCCAUAUUCCGCCCCCUUCACCUUCAGCAUACCCAGUGACAGCGAUGGCAAAUGGACCGUCACAAGGUUUAAUGACACGGCAGCCACAUUGCAGCACGUGAAAGAGCUUCCCACCGGCAUGCACGAGGUCCCCGUGCUGGUCAAGGACCUGCAGGGGCACGGUGAAGUGCAGACGGCGAUGGUGAGGAUCUGCGAGUGCAGAGGCGGCGUCUGCCUGGACAAGAACCGCUCCGCCAUGUUCGGGGGGAUGGGCGUGCUGGCCAUGCUGCUGCCUCUCCUCUUACUCCUGCUGCUCGGUGUGCUUCUUGCACUAUUCUGCGCCACGAAGAGGGAGAAGAUCCAACUGGAUGAUGCCGCUGACAGCGGAGGAAUCCUGCUCAAGUCCAACACCGAGGCCCCGGGAGACGAAGUGGACUCGAGUCUCAUCAACGUCCCCAUGAUCGGCACCGAGACGGUGAAGGGUGGGGUGAAGUCGGCGCUUCCAAACAUGGGCUGGAUGGGCGACAAGAGCGCCAGCACCAUCGGGGGGCAGAGCGUGCACGAGAAUGGCUUUUACAAGACCGGCUACUCCACCACCAACAUGCAGGAGUUCCACUCCAGCCAGUACGACGGCCAGCAGUUUGGAGCGCAGACCCUCGGCACCGGCAUGAACUUCGACUACCGGAACAUGGCGCAGGACUCGGCUUUCAUGCACACCUGGCGAACCAACGGCCUCUAUCUGCGCCAGAAACUGGGAUAUCUGGGAACUGAACAGGAUGGGCGCUUCGCGGAAGACUACUCGAAAGCGUACGGGUUCGAGGGCGUGGGCUCGACCGCCGGCUCCGUCGGCUGCUGCAGCGACUUCGGCGGCGACGAUAACCUGGAGUUCCUGAACGCGCUGGGACCGAAGUUCAACACUCUGGCGGACGUCUGCAGGAAAUCAUGAACGCUCUCAAACCCCCGAAGCAACAGUGUUCGGCUUCGGGCCGAGCGGCACGCUGAGACCCAGACGAGCUCCGGCACGCCCUGAGCGUGAAUGAGAAAGAGAACAAGCAAGUGGUGCCAGUGUGUGUGUGUGUGUGUGUGUGUGUGUGUGUACAUGUACAGGUGUAUGAGAAGUGUGUGCGUUUGUGUGUGUGUGUGUGUGUUUGUGUGUGCGCACAUUGCUUUUAGCUGUUUAAUUUCUUUGCGGCUUCCUGGUUUAAAGUCUUUUGCACUGAAAAAAAAACCUUUGCAGAUGUAAAUAAUUUUUGUAGAGUAUAACUGUGUAUUAAUGUGUGUAACAACCAUUCAUGAGAUAACUUUGGCCAUUCUGAGUGUAAUAAAGAUAAUAGUGUGGUAAAAUAGUAAAAGAUUUUUUCCAGCCAGUGUUAUGGUGUUUAUCCUCAAUAAAUUAAUCUGACAAUUGUUAAAAGCAAACUGCACAACACCUGCAGGAAUUGCAGUUUAAUUUAUGUAUCAUAUUAUUGGUCACAGUUAAUACAUUUUGAGAGGAUUUUUGGCAUGAUGGGAAAAACUAUUGGGUUUAUUAUGAUGAAAAAUGUCCAAAUCAUGAGAUUAUUGUCCAUUCUUACAUUAUUGGUUGUUACAACGUGUUUUGUGCCUUCAGAGUUUUGGUUUCACAGGUUUUUUUUUUUGGUUUUUUUUGUGCGUGUUGAUACAUGAAGGGAGGGCGUUUUCUAUAGAUUCAUAACAACUGGGCUGGUUGGUUCAUUGUAAUCAUUGGAGAGAUUGCUUGUGGCUGAGUGUAACUGUCUGUUAAAUUUCAUAGUUUUCAAGAAUUUUUUUUUUUUAAGGAAGUUUUUUGAAAAAAGGUUUGAACGGUGCCUUUUUUUUUAAAAUAAAAAAAGUAUUUCCAAUGACAAUAUUUCAUCAAUAAAAGAGAUGAUUUAAGUGUG